UGUCAAAAGUGAAGGAUUGAUCUUAGCCUGAAUGGUUGAUAGUCACGAAACCAUACUUAUCAGUUUCGUCCGUAUAACUCUGCCGCUAAAAUUCUAUGUAGAGCUAUUGACUUUGUUGUGACACUUCAAUGGAGGUGUCCACUCAGGUGUUUGAGCGGGUUUCGAGUAUAAUAUCUCGGGUUGAGUUAGUUUUGUUUCUUGAGUAUAUGUUUAUAUCUUAACGAAUUUUUUCGGGUUUCCGACAUGCUGAAACUAAGGUUUUAGUGAGCAGUCGGCUAGAGCGGCUGAUACCCAAAAAUAUACAUUUCUAUUUCUGGUAGGUAGAAGCAUAGAAUACUACUACUAUUCUUUAAGAUAUCUGGUAAGAUGACAGUUUCAGACCAAAGUACAGUUCAUGGGAUCCCACUUUCCUUAAGCAUUUUAGACGUGUGCACCAGUCUUAGCAACCUAUCCUUCAAAACCAAAGACAAUAUCAUCAUAAUCCUUACUUCCCCUUUACUAAUAGUUCAUCAAAUCCACCAAUCAAAUAUUUCUCCGACCGAAAAUCAUUGCAUCUAAAGGCUUAACUUGUGUUAGAAGCACAAUUAGUUUCCUCAUCAUUAGGAAAUGAGACUAAAGACUUUGUUUCGCUUCAAAGCGAAGGUGAUUAAGCCUUGUAGUAAACUUUUAUCCAUCUUUAAGAUUAAAUCUCGUACUAAACCCAGACUCAGAACCAAAGUUGUUAGGUUUAGAAAACCGUUUUCUCUUAAAGCUUUCAGCUUUCCCCGGUGUCGCUCCAAGAAGAAAUUCCGGGUAAGGAAAAGUCGUGCUUCUUUGUCGUCUGAAUUCAAGGAAAGUCCCGGCAGGUCAAAGCAUGCACAAUCCACCAAGAAACCCGUCCAAAAGGUACGCAUUGCUGAGCUUCUAACUGAUCUUUUCUCCUUAAGAAAGACAAAGGACAUAGAUAGUGAAAGCGACAAUCACGUCAUGGGGGAUGUAAAUGUUAGAAGUGCAAGUCCAUCAGAAGGUAGGCAUACAAAGGAGCCAUUCCCGUCACCAAUAACGCCAGGUUAUGUAAGGAUUAGCAAUGAUGGAAUGAAAGAGAGCUCAGAUAAUCUCGAGGAGGUAGAAGAUGCUUGCAAGAAUUUCGAGAAUCAUUUGGUGGAAAUGAUUGUCGAAGAAGGGAAGUUGAAGGACUUGAUGGAUGUUGAGGAGUUGUUGUAUUGUUGGAGGAAUCUAAAGAGUCCAGUUUUCAUUGAUUUGGUAUGUAACUUUUAUGGAGAAUUAUGCAAAGACAUGUUUUCUUCAUCUGAAGAGAAUGAUAGUACUCGGGAGAGCAGUAUCUCAUCAUCAGAGUGAUAACAUUAUGCAUUAAAUAUCCUAUACUCCCUCCGUCCCAUUAGAAUUGCAAUAUUUAUUUUUAAAAGCUCUCUUAUCGAUUUAUGUAAUGCUAUAAUCUCAAUGGGACAGAUGAGUAAUUCUUAACUAAGCUCAUCCCUUGAUUUUUUUAUGGUCUUUAUCACUCUAACCAAGCAUAAAGAUCUAUUGCUCUUAAAGUCUUUAGACAAAUUUGUAAUUGAGGGCAUAUAUUAUGGAACAAUUUGCGAAUAACAGCCUUAAAGUUUAUCACUUUUGCGAAUUACAGCCUCAAUGUCAUUUUUUGCGAAUUACAGCCACUAAAGUAUUAAAGUUUACAAGUUCAGUCCAAAAACACAGAUUUUCGACCACUUAACCUUAAAUUCCGACGACAAAAUGGUCAAUGUUGUGUUUUGGUCUGAGCUUGCAAACUUUGAUAUUUUGAUGGCUGUAAUUCGCAAAAAAUAUACAUUGAGGCUGUAAUUCGCAAAAUAGCUAAACUUUAAAGUUAUAAUCUGUAAAUUAUUCAUAAUAUACUCCUUUAUGGCCUAUGGGCAUUGAAGCAACCAUGAACUUGUUCAAAUAUACCUUCUUCCUACUAUCCCUUAUAAGAUUUUAGGAGGUGUUUGAAUAUGGUGAUUUUUAUUGUUGUUGACUUUUUUAGUUGGCUUAUUUGACCGGUUAAAAGUGUUGGAUUAGAAAAAAAUGAAUUAACAAGCAAUAGUAGUAAGAUGAGAUUUAUGGACAUAAAUAAUAAAAGUGGUGGUUGUGACUUUUUUAUUAUAAAAGUAACAAUCUAAAUACAGUCAGAGGUGAAAUUUAGAAAAUAAAAAUUAAAUGAUCCUUAAUAACAAAGCUUUUGUUACAAUUAAAUUACU